GUUAUAUUUUAAUAAAUCUCAGAAAUGGCUACAUUUUAUUCAAACUUCUUGAAAUCUUAUGAAGAUUUCUACAAAUUCGACUUCGUCAGUGGAACACCAUUCCAAGUGACUGCCAAAUCUAACAAAAAGGAAGAGAAUGGCAAGAAACACUCUUUCGAACAAAAGCUCACUUUUGAUAACACCGAGGAAGGAAAUGGAUUAAAGCUUGGCAGUGAACUGAAGGUUAAAGCAAGCUGUGAGAAGUCUAAAUUUGAGGCUAAAAUUACUCCAAACAAGGUCAAGAUCGAGAAGACCUGCACUCCUCCACAAGUCAACAAUGAUACUACUGAAGGAUCUUUCAUGGGAAGAUUGGAGUACAAGGCUGGAGAUGAAACUCCUGAUUUGACUGCAGGAUUCACUUAUGGACUUCCAAAGCUAAACGAUGAUGUCUCUGUUUACUUUGAAGGAAAUGUUACCUACAAGGGUCUAAAAGAUUUGAAGGGAGAAUUCACUACUCUCUCCUCCUACCAAAACAAGUUCUUCAUCGGAUCUGAAGUUAUUGGAGACUUGAAGACUCAGAAGCCUUCUUCCAUUCAUGGAGUCGCUGCUGCUGACUUAGAUGGAAGCUUUGUCUACAUGAAGCAUGACUGUAUCAACCAUCUUGCUAAGCUUGGAUUCUCCACUAAGAAGCUUGAUCAGUUCGACACCUUCGCUGCUGAGACUCAAGUUGCUGUUAAGCAGGAAGGACCUCUCCAAGAUAGAACCACUACAACUGUAGCUUUCUCAAAGGCUUUGAGUGACGACUUUACCGUGAAGGGUAAGUUCGAUAUCACCAAGAAGGUGCAUGCUGAGUUCUCUUGGAUCCAUAAGAUCAACGACAACUUCAAGAUCACCUUCUCAGAUAGACUCAACCCAGUGGGUAUCUUCACUGAACCAGCAAAGGAGAAAUAUGAGCUCGGAAUUGCAUUUGAGGGAAUCUUCUAA